CAUGACGUGCCAUUCCUACCGUGACCUAUCGUGAGCCAUCUCCACUGUUCCUUCAACUUUCCCUUCUCAACUUAGACACACGCAGCAAGUUCACGGUACAUCUCGACAACUUCAACUUUGCGCAACAUCAGUAUAUAAACACCUCCAAUACUGUUUCAGUUUGGCAUCACCCUUCGUCUGCCUCAGGGCCCCGCAUCAUGGGGCUGGCUUACAACACCUACCUGAAUAGCAGCAAGAUCUAUGGCUGCAAGACAUGCAAGGCCCAUCUUGCUAACCAUGAGGAUAUUAUCAGCCGUAAUUUCCGUGGUCAACAUGGCAAGGCCUACCUCUUUCACAACGUCGUCAAUAUCGAGACGGGUCCUCCGAACGAACGUAACAUGACGACCGGUCGACACGUAGUCCGUGAUAUUACAUGCCGUCAGUGCAAGGAGACCGUUGGAUGGAAGUACGACAAGGCAUACGAAUCUUCAGAGAAGUACAAGGAGGGCAAGUUUAUUCUCGAGGCUGAGCUGCUAUGUAAUGUUACUUGAGGCCUGGUAGUCGAGGCACCUCCAAGCGUGCUCGUUGGCUGCUUUUGUCUCAGGCGUUAUCUGGAUAUCGGAUGCACAGGCGUUGACUGCUUUUUUGGGUGGCCUACACACUGCUUUUGACCAUGACAAGGACAAACCAGAGAUAGUUUUGUUUCUUAGCCAUUGGAGCUGAAUUUCAAUAUGAUAAACUAUUCG